AUGCAAAACAUUGUUGACCCAGAUAAUACCGUACUUUAUAGUGGUGUAAAUUUGCGGAAGUAUAUUGGCGCAUUGCACACUAUUGAAGAAGAUGAUGAAAACAAUAAUGACAAAAAUAAAAAAGGUGAAACUAAUGAAAAGACUGAAACAAAUGUAAAUAACGCAAGCAACUAUAAUAAAGAAAAUAACGUAAGCAGCUAUAAUAACGAAAAGAAUUAUUCACUAAGUAACGACAUGCAGAAGAAAACAUCCAACAUUUGUAAUGAGCAUACCAUGGACGGUUGUAGAAAUAUACUAAAGGAAUGGAAUAUAGAGCACACUAGUGAUGAUUAUGUCCAUCCCUUUUCUUCUAUUAAUAACUACUUAAGCAAUAAAAAUAUAUCUAAAGAAUAUUUAAACAAUAAUGAAAAAUCAAAUACAAGAAAGAACCUAGAAGAGGCUGUAAACAGAAGAAGAAAAAUUAAGGAAAUGAUAUCAGCCUAUAAUUCUCUAAACUUAAGUUUAUCUAGUUGUAACUUCGAAAAUUUAGAUAUUCGAAAAAAAACAUCUCUAUAUCAUUCUGAUAAUAGUUUUGAAAAGGAUGAACAAAUUGGAAUUAGUUUAAAAAAAAAAACAUCAGAAAGAAAUUAUUCAGGUAUAACUAACCAAGUGCAAGAUAAAAAGGAAAAUAAUGACUAUUACCGAGAUAACAAUAAUGAAAGUAGUUGUAAUAUUAUUAAUAAUAAGAACAUGAAUAACGACUGCAUUAGUUCUACUUAUGAAAAUAAUAUAUCGCACUUGCACAAUAACUAUUUAAAUAAUUGCUACACUAGUAAGGAUAAUAUAAAAUCUAGAAUAAAUGAAAUUUCAUUAGAUAAAUUAUGCAUUAAUGGUAGUAAUAGUGACAACACUAAUGACAAUAAUAAUGAUAAGAAUAAUGAUAAGGAAAAUGACAAUGAUGACGAAAUAGAAGACUACAAAACUUUUUUAACUUUAGAUAGUAAUAAUACUAUUUUCAAAACAAAACCUCUUAAACUACCAGAUAUAUCCUUCCUAAAUAACAACAGCAGCAAUUAUAGUUACCUAGGUUUUAAUAACAGGGACGAGGAGAACAAUCAUGGUAAUAGGAAUGACAAUAAUAAUAGUAAUACUUUUCUUAGAAAUAGAAUUCUUUAUGAAACGUUAGAUGGUAUGUCUUUCUACUACGAUGAAAAUGGUAAUGAUAAUAAUAACAGUUAUAACAAUUAUAAAAAUAGUAACAAUAAUAAUAAAGAUAAGGAGAUAUUUAAUUUUAUCUCGGAGCUAAAUGGUGAAAAGAGUGCACUACAAAACAGGACAGGUAUAUAUGAAUAUAAUAGUAAAAAUUUCUUAGAUAACAAUGUUAACUUUUUUGAAUUAAAAAAGGAAAGUAAAAACAAUAUAGUUAAGAAUUAUAUAAAAAUCAGUAAGGUAGAAAAUUCUAACAUAGAACAUUUAAUUAAUAACGGUAUUAGUAGCAUUAACAAUGUCAUCAAUGUUGACCAUGUAAAGCAUAACAAUUUGAACAAUAACAAUACUAUCAACUGUAGUAAUAUCGUAGGUAAUAAAAUAAAAAGUUAUGCUAAAACUUAUUUGGAUUAUAAGAACUACGAACAAAAUAGUAGAAUAAUUUAUAAAAAUGCUUUUGAAAAUAAUUAUUAUAAAAAUCAGCCCAUAAGUUACAAUCGAAAGAAAAGUAGUGAUAGGUUAAAAAGUAGCAUUAUUUAUAAUAACCCUAGAAUUAACAAAAAUGAAAAAGAUAUAAGUUAUUUAAAUAAAAUUAAUAACAGUAGCAUCAUUCAUCAUUCUCCAUAUAAAUCUAAUAAUAAAAUAGUUCAAGAUAUAUGUAAUUAUAACGGUGCAUACAACACACACAAUAAUUUUAAGUUGAGUCAUGUAGAUCACGAUCCACAUGUAUAUGACAUAAAUAAAUUUAUGAAUGAAAGUGAGAAUUACAUGAACUCUUCUUCCUGUAUUAAAAAUAUAGAAAAUUUUAAAGAAUUGCUAAUAAGUGUAACAAAAGAUAAUUUAAAUGAAUAUAUAAAAUGCUUACAAAAUAUUAAUAAUAAAAAAUUAAAGCACUAUACUUAUUCUAUUAAACAGGUAAAUAAUUAUAACCUUAGUCAAUAUUUAAAUGAAAAAUAUAAAGCCGCUAUUCCGUUAAAAUGUAUUAAAGAAUCAGUGUUAAGCAACUCUGAUACAUUUUCCUCCAUACAGAAGUCUGUAAACGAUAGUGAUGAAUUAAGCACAUCUACCUACGGGAAGGAUAAUAGAAGUGCAAAUUUUGUAAAUAAACGUGCAGUAAAAGGUGGUAGCCAGGGUAGUAGCGUAAAUAGGAGUAGUCGCAGUAGCAGUAGUAGUAACGGUAGUAAUAGCAAGAGCAAUUGUAGUAGAAGCACGAAUAAUGAUACCACUAAAUCGAAGCAGCAAUUUUAUAAAAAUAAAAAAAUGAAUAAUUCAAAAUACACGAAUGCAUUAGAGACCAUUCGUACAAAUAAAUUUAUUUCUUGUUCCAAAGAAAUAAAAAAUGAACGAAACUUGAGUUUAGUUCAUAGAAAUAAAAAUAGUAAUAGAAAUAGAAAAAUAGAUAUGUAUAAUAAAUUUAGUAGUAGUUAUGAUUAUCUUAACAAAGUUAAACCAAAAAAAACACAAACACCUAUAAUUAGUAAAAAUGAAUUUCCUUAUACUAUGGAUAAUAGUUCUAAUGAUAAUUUAGAUAAAUUAGAUUAUUUAAAUAAAAAAAAAAAGAAGGAUAAUAAUAUAUAUAGCAUCAAUGUUGAUAGCUCUAAAUAUGAAUGUGCUCAUAAAAAUUUAAAAAAAAAAAAAUUACGUGAACAUUCAUUAAGCAAAAAAAAAUAUCCUAUAGGAAACGAUUUUUAUAGCUUAAAUUAUGAAGAUAGUUAUUCUCAAAAUGAUUAUAAAAAAUGCUGCAUAAGAAAUGAUAUUACACAUUUUCAGAAAAAAAAAAAAAAAAAAAAAAAAAAAAAUAUAUAUAGCAGCAGUAACAAUGGUAACAAUAACACAUUGCACACAACACAAAAUAAAAAAAAUAUAUUUUUUCCUUUUAAUUCAGAUUCAGAGGAUUAUAACGAGCAACUAAGUAGUUCAUCUAUUUCGAUACUAAGAAAUAAUUCAAGUAAAAAUAAUCAUAAGGAGUUAGAAUUCAAUGGUGAGCAUAGCAAUGUGAAAAAUUAUGCUGCACAUGGUAGAAGCGUAAGUAAUAUUAAAAAUAAUAACAGUGGUAAUAAUAACAGUGGCAAUAAUAAUAAUAGCAGUGGUAAAAUUAAUAAUGACAGCAAUGGUGAUUAUAGUGGUGAGAGAAAUAUUACCGAUGAUGAUAAUAAGAAAGAACAGAAUAAAUAUACAUACAGUGCUGACAGAAAUAUAUAUAGAAAUAAAUUUGAGUACAAGGAAAUCGAAAAUUGCAGCUACUAUGUAGAAGGCAAAUCCUUAGAAGAAUCAUCUAGCAGCAAUACAAAUGAAAAUGAAAAUAAAUAUAUAUUAUGCAAUUUAAGUCAAAAUAACACGAAUGAAAAAAAUACGUACGAAUAUGGAGAUAUUAAAAGGAAUGAAGCGGACCAUGCAUUUACGUACAGUAAGCAUGUUGAUAAAAAUGAAAAGAGUAAGGAACAGUUGGAAAAUACAAAUAAUAAUUUAUGUCUUAUUAAAAAAAAGAAUUCAAAAAAUUAUAAUGAGCAAAAUAAAAAAUUACAUAAAACUGAUUUUUCAACAAUGGAAAGUAUGAACACACGAUAUAAAUAUGACAAUUUAGAUAAAAAUAACACUUUGACUUAUUUUACGAAUAUAAAUAGAAAGGAAAAAUUAAACAAUAAUGAAGAAUACUCAAAGGAAGGUCCCUCAUCCUACAGCAUAAAAAGAGAAAGCAGUUUUUUUAAUAAUAAUAUUAAUAAUAAUAUUAAUAAUAAUAUUAAUAUUAAUAUUAAUAAUAAUAAUAAUAAUAAUAAUAAUAAUAAUAAUAAUAAUAAUAAUAAUAAUAAUAAUAAUAAUAAUAAUAACGAUAUUAGUAACAGUGUUUUAUUUUUAAAUAAAGAAGAAAAAGACCUUAUUGAAGAAAAAAUGGGUAUUUUAAAUGUUAAUUUUCAAAACAGUUCAAAACAUUAUGAAAAUUUCAGGAAAAAUACAGUAGAUAUUUCAAAUAGUAUUCAAGAGAGUGAUAAUUUUAACUGUGAACAUUCCAUAUAUACAAAUAAUAACAAAGGAAUAGAUAUUAGAGAAAUUAUUAAGAACAAUAAAACAAGAAUAGAAAAUUUGUAUGAUAAUGAAGUAAGUCAAAAUGAGUCAUAUAUAAAUGGUAAUAAAAAUGCAAAUGAAAAUGCAAAUGUUAAUGCUAAUGUUAAUGCUAAUGUUAAUGUAAAUGUGAAUAAGUGUAAUAAUAAAAUAAAUGAUCAUAUGGAGUUGCAUAAACAUUCCCGUUGUGCGUUAAACAAAUUUGAUAAUUUUUAUAAUUCUGAAAGUGAUAUUUCUUACUCCAUUAAUUCGUAUAACGACGAAAUGGAGAAUAAAAAAAACAUAAUUAGUUGUUCAUUAGAUAGUUUUAAUGAAGAAUUUGACAACCCUAUUUCAGUACCUUCACCAGCAGCUUCCUUUUUUUCUGGUAUCAGUUUAUGUUCUUCUGUACAUAACGAAAAUGUAAAUGAACAAAAUUCUUUUAGUUUGACAGACAAUCAAAUUAAUGUAAGAUCAACACAAAAUAAUAGUUCGGAUGAUAAAAGGAAUUAUUAUGUUAGAGAUCAUAAUGACGGAAGUGAUUAUCUUCAAAGAGGUCAUUUACUCAAUAAUAAUAGUAGAAUGAUUAAUGCAUAUAAUUGUAGUGGCAAUAAUAAAAUAAAUACAAAUAUAAAUUCGCUAAACUACGAUAAUACAGAUUUUAAUAUGCACAAAAUGGGGAACAACAUAAACAAAAAGGGUAACAUAUACAAUGAGGGAAAUAACACACACGAACAUUACAACGAGCAGCACAAAAAAAACAUAAGUGAUAAUUCUUUUGGUGAUCCUAGUCUCAUUAGUAAAAAAAUAUAUGACGACAAAUCAUUUUCCUAUCUGCAUCACUGUCCAAAACAAAAUGACAACUCAAGUUGUAGUGACGAGUUAAUCAACUUAAAAAAAAAAAAUUAUCAUGAGACAAAUGAUAUGCCGCAAGUAAUAUUAGAUAAAAAAUAUAUAAAUGUGAAUAACAUACAUAGGAAUAAUAACGACAUACUUAUAAGUAAAAAAAUAAAUAUGCUUGAUGAUACAUUGAGUGAAAGUAGUGUAUAUAAUAAAAAAAGUAUAAAUAAUAGUAUUUUAACGAAUAAUAUAAAAAAUGUAGAUAAAAAUUUAAUAUAUGAGAAUAAUAAUAUUAUCAUGCCAAAGGCAUAUCAAGAGAUGUAUCAUAGUAAUAAUUGUGAUUUUAUGAAAAUGAAUAAUUUACCUGAUACGUUAAGAAAUAAUAAUAUGAUGAAUUUAAAGGAUCCAAACUGGAACAAUAAUAGUUGUAACAGCAAUAAUAACAAUAGUAAACAAUUGGAGAAUAAAAAAAAAUUGACCCACAAAAUAGUUAACACUUUAGAAAUAAAAGAAACGAAAAUAAAAACAAAACAGGGUGUAUUUGAAAUAACGUGUGGUGGAGAAGUGUUGUUUACAUUUUUAGGAAGAUCAGAAAUUAAAGAAUAUAAAAAUGUGAAAAAAGAAAAAAACAUUAAUAUAGACAUCACAAAACCAAGAGAAUUACUUUUUAUGAUUGAAAUAAACGGUAUAAAUAUCAAAAUAAAAGACGUUCUAAUGAAUAUUAUUUUAGAUUUCUACAAUUUAUUUGAAGAAGAAUUACCAAAGGCACACAAAGCAAGAUAUGAAUAUGCAUAUGAUGUAGUAGAAACUUUAAAAAAACAUACUCCUAAAAUAUCUCUAACAAAAAAGUGGUUAGGUAUAUAUAACUUAAUGAGUAAUGGAAGUACCCCUGAUUUUAUUGCAUCAUUAACAAACAACAUUUUUAUUGAAAAAAUUGAAAUUAAAGAAUACCAUGUAACAUUUAUCUUGAAAGAUAGAAAUACAAUAACCUUACAUAUCGAUGAUUUAAAUGGAAUAACUACAAAAUUUACGAAACAAAUAGCAGAUAAGAAAGAAAAAAAUAAUGAUCACAAACAUGGGGAUACCAAAGAUACCGAUGAAUUGUUUAAAGAACUAACAGGAGAUAAUGAAGAUGUAAAAGUUAUUUUAUUAAAUUUACAGAAAUUGCUAAAAAAGACAGGAAUAUCAAUUGAUAUAAUUAUUCAAAAUUGGUGUAAUACUUUACAAGCUUAUUCACAGUGUCUUCGUUUGUUAACAAAAGGAAACGCUGAGUAUACGUUGAAACUGAAGAAGGUGUUGGCAAACAUAACAGAAAGGACUGAAAUUCACAAGAGGCAUAUCUACUUUUCCAUAUUUCCCAUAAUAAUUGAAGAGUGA